CUGUACCACGAGAAUGAGACCAGUCCUUGAAGCGAAGCGCAAACGCCGGACGAUCGUGCCACAAAUGCAGCCACUUCGCCCAUCUUCGAUCAGUAACAAAUGGCCUCGGAGCAGCUCUUUCGAUCAACAAGAAUGUUGUCUUCGGAUACUUGAGGGAUUUGACGUGGGUGGCACGCAUGAACUGGAAAAGAAAAUAUUUCUGGAAUGUUGACGUACCCCUCGCAACCGAACCUGAAGCGACAGGCUGUAGAAGUUUUAGGAUGGCAGAGAAAUGAGGAGCUUUUGUUCAGAGAAAAGAAACGGGACUUUUUUUCAGUUACAGUCUCAUUCAUAUUUCGUUCGGUGUGAUUAGUAUCCGUAUCUCCUUGCCAGCAGACGCAAUAUUUUGUUUCAUAGACCAACCUGUAACAUCUGCAAAAUGGCAGUAGUCCUCGCAGUCAAUGUUCCGAUGGGUGCGCCCAGUGCAAACGGAGUCGAGCCGUUGAAGAAGAAGCACAAGCUGCAGAUAAGUGAUCCUGACACGGGCGUCUACGCGGCCGUUGAAAAGCUGAUCAGGACGCGCAAGCAGCAAGGGAGCGCCUCCUGGCCCGAAUGGUUACCGCAGACUGACGAAGAGUUACGGGAAAAAGGAAUUCUGCAGGGAUUUCAGUCAAAAAGGAUUUUCAAUCGCGAAGACACGAACGGCAUCCCCGAAACAACGAUGCAGAUGCUCAUCGACGACGGUAAGGACCUCGAGACCAAGCUGGCUAGUAAUGGGAUGCGAAUUGUGUCCAUCAAUUUGCUGUAUCCAAUCACCGACGCAGAGCGCGCGGACUACACCCGUUCGCAGAUCCUAGGCGCUUCGCAACUUGUCCCGCCGAGCGAUCUCAGUUUUCUGGGCGGUCAGGGAAGCGCAGUGGCUAGCGAAAGCGGCGUCGGGUUGGCAACCGGUGAUGGCAUGGCGCUCGGGUCUUCCGGCUUUCGCACGGCCCUGCAGGUGCCAGAAGAGCCGGAAAGUAAGGACGACGACGACGACGCUGGGGGCAUCAAAGACUCUUCUCCGCGGAGGCUCUCUUCGGGUUCUCCGCCUGCCCCGCAGGACGCCAGUCUAGUCGAGGACGCCCCGUCUGGGGUGGACAUCUCCCAUGUUCUGGCUCCAGAACGUGCGGACGAGGUUGCCACUGCCCACGACGAAAACGACGUGUCUAUGAAAGACGCCGUAGAGCAGGAAAACGACAACGAGCGAAGUGACAACGUCGAAAAUAAGAAUGACCUUCUUGACGAAGUUUCUCGUGAAGAUGAGGCCGCACCGGAAAAGGUAGACGUGGUGGAGCUCGCUAACGCAUCGAAAGAUCUCGUCGAGGAUAGCAACGAAGCUGGCCAAAGCAUCGCUCGAGAUGAAUGCGAGGAUGGAGCUGAAAGCGCACAACAAGACAAUCGUCGUCGCUCGCGCGAGGGCUCUGAUGUCGAUGCUGAGAUGCCAGAGAGAACAGUCGAGGACGAGGAACACCGCGGUGCCUCGAUUCUGAACUGCAGCGAAGCUGCGGACCCGCGAAGCGUCCUAGAUACAGAAGUGAAACUGAAUAGUGAGCCAGCUGCUAACGACGACGUUCUGGGAAAGCGCUCUACCCCUACCCCUCUGCUUCCCGCCUCCGCCUCGGUGGUGGAGAAAACCCAAAAUGUUCCCGGCAUCUUGAAAACGCAACUGGUGCCCCAAGGGGCUGCGCAUGAGAAUGCCGGAGCAGCAGCUCCUCCCGGGAGCCUGCUUGCACACGACAAUGUAGCGGACGACGAUAUCGAUGAAGGCGACGAAGACUUCAACAACGACUCCGUUCUCGACAAAGUCCCCACUCCACUCCAGCGACACUCGCAGCAGUCUGUAGGCGACAUAGCUGGCGAGAAGACGAGCAGUGUGUUCGGUAAGCCUACGACCACCGCUUUACUUCCGGAAACGGAGAGGGACGCGGCAGAAGAAAAAGCAGGCGCGGAAGUAGAGAUGAAUAUGCAGAAGUCGAACAAUAAAAGCUUGUCCGCCCAUCACCAGACGGGCGGAUCAGGCGGUAAAGUGGCAAACGAGGUCAUUGAUCUGGCCAGUGAUGGCUCGGACGUCGAAAUGCUCGACGCGAAUGAAAAUAACCACGCGAAAGCCAAGCAGGAGGCCGAGUCUUCCUUCCUCAACCAAUCUUUGAUUCCGGAAGCGUUACUGGAAGACGCGGAGCGCGCAAAUCAGAAGCGGAAGAAAAAGCCUUCGUCGAACACAGGGACAAAGCAAGCAUCAUCAAGUACUGCCGUUGGGACGGUCUUGCUGGACGUGAAAAACAAAAAUGUCACGAGCGCGAGCUCGUUCGCUGGCGUUUUGCUGCAACAGAAAGGCGGCUCUUCGUCUUCUUCUUCGUCCGCAGUGCGGCUCGUGCAGCAGCAGCCGAAGGCGAAAGCGUCGAGAAAGCGCGGCGGGGCAAGCAGUCGGCAGAAUAACAAUUUGCUUUUGAACGACUUGGAUUUAGAGGACGAAGUUUUCGGGGAAGACGAGGAGCUUUUCGAUGAUGAGGAGGAGGUUCUCGACGACAGUAAAAACAAGAAAAAAGCCGGUGGCGCCGGUGCCUUCUCAUCCAAAGCCGCGGCGGCAAAGCCUGCCGCGAAGCAGCGUGGUCGGCCGCGCAAGAAGCAGAAAAACGUCUUGUCGCCUGAAAUGGCCGCGCCGUUGGAGGACGAAGAGGAGCUGUUUGACGACGAGAUGGUGGUGGAGAUGGAUGCGGCCCCGGAAAGUAACGAUCUACCCGGACAAAAAGCAAACAAGGCUCCUCCGCGCAAGUACCUGUGUCCGGUGGAUAAGUGCAAAGACAGCCACGCGACAAAAGUCGGGUACACGAGCCAAUUGGGUCUGUGGAAACACGUGACGGACAUGCACCCUAAGUUGUCCGACGAGAAAACGCUGAAGUCGGGGGCCUGCGAGUGGGUGAAGUCCGUCGACGUCACCAAGGGCCCCGCGAAGGACUGUCGGGUCCGCGUGUGCCUGGUUCGGGACGAGAAGAAGAAGGGCGAAUACAAGACGAACUGGUACAUACGCCUGAAGGACCGCGAAGUGCUGCGGAACUGGAGAAGCCACAUCAAAAGCGCCGUCGAAGACAGCGACACAAAUUUGAAGGCGCAAUUGGAGUACAGAGCAUUUGUUCUUCCGAUCUAGUUUUUUUCCGAUAGUUACAUCUUUGAUGGAAAUUUAUUUGUGCUUCUACAUUACCAUUAGUACCGAGUUAUUUGUUCUGCAGUGCCACUUGCGCAGAGGUCAAAUUUUUCAAAAAACAGGGGCGAGGUGAAGCUCAAACUGGAGAAGGAAGCGAAAAUAAAGAAGCAGGAGCUCGAAGCACAGUAUCUGGAGGUACUUGAGCGCGAGACCAUCGAACAGCGCCAGAAGGAGGCUCGCGACCGCAUCCGGGAGGACGUCGGGGAAGCUUCCGCUGCAAGAAGUGCGCGCUUCGCCGCGCUUCCCCGGAGGACCGCCGCCCAGCUGGCCGAGGACUUUUUGCACUUUUCCGGAACAGCGGGUAACGCCUCCGUGCUGCGCAAGCUCGCGCCGAAAGUGGCGGAAGCGGAAAUUUCCGGGGCGAUGCUGCUGGACUGGGGUCGGGAGAAGCGCAAUCUUCUUGACGUAGAGGUAAUCAACAAGAUGCUGCUGAAAACUCCACAAGAGCGGGACGCGGUCCUGGUUGAGUUUUUGAACGUCCCGGAGGCGUCCCUCGUCGCAGAAGACGACACAGAAGCGAAUCUGAUCAAGCGCUUGCGGGGGGAUAAAAAGCCUCUGGCGCUCCACGGCGGUGCGAUGAACAGUCUCGCGCGGGAUCACUCCGCGGUUCUGGUUUGCAUGGUGGAAAAUCGAAAUGUGAAAAGUAUCAAAGGCCUCGGCCGCUGCAUCGAGAAGAAGGACGCGCGAAACGAAGUUGAGCCCGCACUCGUCGCUGGCCGGGGCGGUGACCCGGUGGCGAACAAGCUGGCGACAUAUCUACUGGUACGUCGUUUUUUGUGCGUUCAUUUUUCUGCUGGAGUGAAGAUUGCUUGUUGGUGAAGAAAAAGCAUGAACAUCAAUAGAUACUUUUAUGCCUACUUCUCGUAUCAGAUCGCAGUGGAGCUGCUUUGUCUUCGCGAGUCCAAGGAGACAGCGCUCAAGAAAAACGCAGCAUCGUAGUUGAAAAAAACGAUGACAAAAUGAAAUCUUCUAUCAGAUGGCCGAUCCGAGCAUUCCUGGAGAGUCAGCCACUGUUGCGGGGAAUAUCACGAAAAGUAUAUCGCGGAAGCACUUUCUAAUCUAUUUUGCGAAAGAUCCGGACGGUGAGGACGGUCGCUGGUGGCUGCAGGACCACUCAGCAUCUGGCACUGCGGUGAACGGCGUACGGAUUAAACAAACAGCGGACAACGGAAAGCGAUACUCACACAAACUCGCUGACGGUGACCUGAUUGGGAUCGGAAGUGAAGAGAAUCUUUACCGCACCAACAAGCACCUGCUCUUCAAGUUCCGGAUCUUGUGAGUUGCUCGAGCCAAGACUUGAGGAAAAAAAACGAGCUACGACCUGUCAUCUAGCACUCCAUCGAAUCGAUCACAUUUACCAACAAAAAAGCGACAUCAAAUGAAAAGCGUUCCCGUGAUUUCGUUCGGUGACCCGCACCGUUUCCCGAAUUUAAAUCAGACAGGUAAGUUAUCACACUCGGCAUGAGCGCCAAGCAGAAUUUCGAAGAGACGACCUCGAAAAAGUGCAACCGUCAAC